AUGGAUAAGGGGAACUUGAACAUAGCUGUUUUUGUUGACCUUAAGAAAGCCUUCGAUACUGUGGACCACACAAUCUUGUUGAAUAAAUUGCAGUAUUACGGCUUUCUUGGUGACGAAUUAAAAUGGAUCCAAUCAUACCUUUCUAAUAGAAGCCAGAAAUGCUUUAUAAAUGGGGUCCUUUUAAAUCCGGGUAUAAUAAAAUGCGGUGUACCACAGGGAUCGAUACUAGGCCCGUUGCUGUUUCUGAUCUUUAUUAAUGAUCUUCCGGGCUGUCUCGCUCAUACAAUACCAAAUAUGUAUGCAGAUGACACUAGCAUCACUAUGGGAAACGAAAAUUUUAACCUUAUGGAAAACAGAAUUAAUGGAGAUCUACAAAAUUUGUGCAUUUGGCUGAGAGCCAAUCAUCUUAGUCUCAAUAUUGUCAAAAGCGAAUACAUGAUCAUUGGCUCAGUCCAACGAAUUAGAAACUUAAGUAGGGAACCUUCUUUAUUCAUAGGAAAUGUUAAACUGAAAAGAGUUAAACACAACAAAAUCCUAGGUGUUACUGUUGACGAAAAUCUUAGCUGGCAUGAGCACAUAAGUAAUACUGUAAAGAAGGUAAAGAGUGGCCUUAGUGUCUUGAGACAAAUUCGUGAUUUUGUUCCAGUAGACGCAUUAAAGAAAGUAUAUUAUGCAAUUAUACAACCGCAUUUCGACUAUUGUUCAUCGGUAUGGGAUAACUGCAAUAAAGGUUUUAAAGAGAAACUUCAGAAAUUACAAAAUCGUGCCUGGGCGGGUUAUCACACGUUCUGGAUAUGAUAUUAGAUCUGCGGAAAUUUUAGAAAAAUUAGGCUGGCUUACGUUGGAACAUAGGUGGCACUUGAAUAAUGCAUUAUUAAUGCAUAAAAUAGCAAAUAAUGAUGCACCUAUGUAUCUAACAUCACAAUUUUCCAGAAGGAAUCAAAUGCAUGACUACAAUGUAAGGGGUAGCCAGGUGAAUUUUUCUCUUCCAAAACCUAGCACAAACUUCAUGAAAAAUAGUUUAACAUACAGUGGAGCGGUCACCUGGAAUUCUCUAAGUGAUGACAUCAAAUCAACCGAGGAUGUCAUUGCUUUCAAAACGAAGGUUUCUAAUAAUAUACGAGAUUCUCUUAGUCUCUAAUGCUUUUAUUGUAUAUAUGUAAUAUAAUCAUUCAUAUUAUCGUAAAAUCUAGUUUACCCUUUGUUUCCCUUUUUCUCGGCAUUUAUAAUUUUAUAUAAUUGUAUAUAUGCACGGCUCUCAGGAAGAGCAUUGUUUGUAAUGAUGAGAUUUCCGUGUUGAAAUAAAGUUUAUACAUACAAUCAUUCUUCGGUAUAUUUCGCGCGGUUGAGUAUUUAUAACAUUACGUCAUCAAAAUCUUGGUUCAAUAAAAUAGUAAGUAAAUUUAGUUUAGUAGGUAAAGUAAGGUUCACAUAGGUAUAGGUAUAGGUUGAAGAUUUUACUAUGAUAUUUUGAUAAGUAUUUUAAGUUGUGAACAUAUUUUAAUAUCGAUCGAUUAAACAGCGAAUCGACUUGACCAGUGCGACAACGCCUUAAAUAAACAAAAUGUGAGAGCUGGAACGAGCUAGCAACGCCAACCCACACUUUUAUAACUCAACGUUGAUUGGCUGGAUACAAAUGACACCACUUGCUAGAUCACGUGUACAAGAUCCCCCAACCGUUACUAUAAAAUGGUGUGCACAACCGAAAUUCGUCAGUGAACGUAGACUUAGUAAAGCUCAAUUGAUGAAAAGCUACUGAAGCUCAAACGAACUAAAAACAACGAAGAAACGAACAGAUCACGAACGGAGAAAGCCAGUUCAAAGCUGAAGAAAGAAGAGAAGUUUGAAGCAGAACUAUUCCAACAUUAUCAUUUAGUGACAAUAAUUAGGAAAGUUGUAACGAUUCACUACACUACCUAAAUAAAGCCUCGUAACACAAAUAAUAAGCCAUCUUGAAUAUCAGUAAUACCACUAUAACCACAAUGCAAAGCGCUACGAAAACGUAAUAAGGGGAUUCUAGUAUUCUACAUAAUAUACAAUAUUUGGUGUUCUUAAUAUUUCAGGUUUUUGAAGGAAUACUCAGAAUAAGUCAUUUGUACAUGCAACUUUGUGAAGUUGGUGAAAUCAACUACCUAACAUGGAAAACAAAAUUUCGGUGCAGUAAAAAUGAAGGCUGUAGAGAAGAGUUGUUAAAGAACAUUGAUGAAACCUGUGAAACAAUGGAAAACGAGUUGAAGCAAUGGAAGGAAUCCAUAGAUGAUAAAAGACAUCAGUGCUAUUCUUUGAACCAUUUUACAAUGAAACAGAUUUUGAAUUUGAGAAAGGAGUUAGCAAAAGCUUGCAUUGGCCAAGUGCCGGUUGACGAACUACCAUUACAGACGUUCAUGCUGCUAGAAACUGUUAACAAGACUAUUGACCCUUUGCUUCUUGCAAAUGUUUUAAGAACCAUGGUACCUGAGAACUUAAUAAAACUCCCAGAGGAAGGUUUUAAAGAUGAACAAAAAUAUUUUGUGAGCGACACAGAAGGUGAGAAAAUUCUGAUGGACAGUGUUGAAGAGGAAAUGGAUGUGAUUCAGCCAAUCAUGGGAAGACGGAAGAAUUCACUUGAAACUCUUACUAGUACAAAAGAGACUCUUGAGAGCAUGUGUAUGACUAUAAAUACUGACCAUUAUUUACUAGCUGCUUUACAAGAUAGCGGUCGGCGUGCGACGGAAGAUGAUCUUAUUACGUGGGUUGUUACUCAUGAAAACGAUGAGGAGGAAACUGUUAAGAUGUUGUAUGAAGAAGCUAAGAAAAACCCAUGCUUGUCAAAUCUGGUGAAAGAUGUAUUUGGCCUGGAAUGCCAGGCUGUAAAUGAUGAGGAAACAUUUUUGUGUAAUACGACUGCAAAUGAGAGGUAAACUUUGUUUCUCUUAACUAUAUCGUUGUUUUUUUUAAACGAGUGAAAUCGUCAGGCAUUAGACGGAGUAUAAAGCAAUAAAGUAGGGCGCAUUGGAAUGCAAUGCUACCUAAUGGGUUAAUAACGGUACUAUAAAAGCUUUAAUUUUAAACAAAUACAAAAAUAAACAUUACAAUUGUAAAUCAAACACAACACUUUGUACAGGAAAUAGAUUAACUGUGAGAAAAAUUCAUGGCUGUCGUAUUCUUAAGUAUAGUUCGCAACAGUAGAAUAUUUAGAAAUUUAUUUUUCAUCAAAUGUUAUAUUGGUGGAAAAACAAUGGGAUCUAAAAUCAACCAGUCAGCUUAAAGCAGCCGUCAAGCAACGGUCACAGAUUGCUUAGAAAUAAAACAAACAUGCCCGCCGCGCUAAAUAAAUAAAAGUUGAGUUCGGGUGAAAAAUAUGGCAAUAAUAUUAUCAUUUUAAGAACACAUUUUAACAACACAGCCAAUCACGUUUAAUUUGGUGUUCCUAGCUAUAUAAUAAUUGUUAAAUAUACAAUUGUUAUAAAUAUACAAUAUACAGGCAUGUUGUAAAACAGGGACUGGACUGGACUGGACUGGACUGGACUGGACUAGACCGGGAAAAUGCCGACUGAGUCCGUGUUUUACAAAUCGCGGACUGAAUUUGUAAAAUACGGACUGCAUGGACUGGACCGGGAAAACGCGGACUGAGUCCGUAGUAAAAGGUGGUAAAAAGAUUAUUUAAUACCGUCGCUUGCAACUAAGGAUGAACGUUCGCAGACAAAACAUUGUCUAUUCUCAUGACAAAGUUCAAUGGGUUUUUUACCGAGAAAGUUCAAUGUUUGAUGAUCAUGGUUGAACGUGAUUGGCUGAUCAGAUUAAAACCUGUCAAGAGCUCUUGACAAACAUCGAAGAUUCUCACGCAAAUAGGCAAUGUUUUUAUGAACGACCACUUAUCCUUAGUUGCAAGCGACGGUACCCGGACUCAAUACAGCACAGCACAGCAACAAAGCACAGUACAGUACUGACUCAGUCGUGAGAGUUUUGGCGGGAAAUGCGGAUAACAGAUCGGCAAAGGAAUAAUCAUUCCUGGAGCUAAGGUUGGUAUAAAUUACUAUUAUUUAUUUAUUGUUUUCAAUAAACAGAUGAACAGCGUUCAAUCUUAGGAACACGCUCAGUCAUGUGAGACUUUGUGCCACUAUUGUCGAGGAAACUUGUGCGUAUAUAUCAAACGUGGCCGUUUCAUAUUAAUGAAAAUAGCUGUAUUCUAUAGAUAUAACUAUUAUAGCAGAUACCAUUUAGUGUUAAUCGUAAUUAGAUGAAACCAUUCUUGAUUAAAUUCAUUUUACAAUGUUACGGUUACGGUUUUGAUUUACGAUCCCACCAAAUAUCAAAUAGAGCUAAUGUUUAUUUUGUGUUCGUGACGAAGAGGGCGUAUUAAAAUGGUUGCUAUAAAUUUGCGAGAAAUAUGAAAUAAAUACUAGGCUAUAAUGUAAUUUAUAUGCACAACACUACCUUUGAUGCUUUUUUUAUUUUUAAUUUGCCCAAUUUUUUUACACAAAUUUUAAUUAAUAUAUUUACAUGUUUAUUAUCUAUAGGCUAGGGGCCUAGGUAGGUAGGUAGUUAGGUAGGUAGGUAGGUAGGUAGGUAAAACUUUAUUUAAACACGCUAACCCCUUCAAUACAAAUUGAUUUCCAAGGGGGGGCGUGGUGAAAAAAUUUAAAACACAUAAUAAACAACAAGACACGUAUAUACAAAGUUAAAUAUUUACAAACUAGUAGAUCGUGACAGGCUAGUUGCACAUAAAAGCGAGUUAAAAAUUCCUAGGCUUUCCGCGUUUCUAACUUCAAUAGGUAAAUCGUUCCACAAUUCAACACCAUUGAAACUUAUACUCUUUUUUAAAUAUUCCGUUUUAGGAAAAGGAAGAUUGAGCUUCAUGUCAGAAUUACGUAAAUUGUAGUCAUGAGAUCUGACAACUGAAGCACUAGAAAAUAUUUCAGUAAGCGCAGUGUAGGUGCAAAACCAUGAAUAAUCUUAUAUUUCAGUAUAAUCAAAUAUUUCAGUAAGGUGCAAAACCAUGAAUAAUCUUAUACAUGAGUCUGGCUUUAGAUUCAAAUCGACGUUCCUUAAGUGUUUUGCACCCGAGCGCAGUCAAAGCAGCUUCUGAGCAUCCGUGCUCAUUUGGGUAACCCAUAAUUAUUCUUGCUGCCCGAUUUUGAAGAGUCUGCAAUUUAUCAGAUAAAACACUGCCAAUCGGAUCCCACACCUCGCAACAAUAAUCAAACUAUGUUUGAACUAAAGCGUUGUAGACAGAAAUAAGAGUAUUUCUGCAUACAAACGGUUUUAGCCUAGAAAUCGCUCCAAUGCCACUAGAAAUUUUCUUUGUCAAUUUUUCAAUAUAAAAAUCCCAAGAGAGAAAUUGGUCAAUAUGAAUUCCUAGAGACUCAGUCACUAUCACUCGGUUCAAAAGUUUACCAUCAACAGAAAUACAAGGAUUAUCAACAAGAUUAUUGAUGCUGUGUCUGGAUCCUAUUAGCAUAUAUUCCGUUUUGCUAAGGUUCAAACAAAGCUUAUUAGCCAUUAGCCAAUCGUUAACAUUAUUUAAAUCAUGAUUCAAAGCAGACGAAAUUUCAUGUGUGGAUUUGCCACACACAGUGAGCGUCGUAUCAUCUGCAAACAUCCUCGGUGUACAGUAUUUUAAACAAUUAGGCAGAUCGUUAAUAUACACUAAAAGGAAUAGUGGCCCCAAAAUUGAUCCCUGAGAAAUUCCACACUUAAUCGGUUUAGAGUGAGAUAAUGUACCAUUUAUAAAGCAUUUUUGUGACCGAUUUGUUAGGUAUGAUUCAAGUAACCUCAAUGAAUGCCGUUUUACCCCAUACAUAUUUAGCUUUUCAAUCAAGAUUUCAUGAUCAAUGGUAUCAAAAGCUUUUUUAAGAUCUAAAAAAGCAACAAUAUUAAGCAAACCUUUAUCCAUAUUUGAAUACCAUUGAUUAGUGCUAUCAAGAAGAGCCGUAGUUGUAGAGUGAUAUCGUCUGAAACCGAAUUGACAUUUCGAAAGUAUGCUAGCAUUGGAUAAAUAGCCAUGUAGUUGCUCAUAAAGUAUACUUUCAAAGGCCUUGUUGAUAGAUGGAAGGAUAGAGAUUGGGCGAUAAUUAUCCAACAAAUUUUUGGGACCUUUCUUAUGAAGAGGUAUAACCUUGGCUACCGUCCAAUCGCGAGGAAAGACCCCAUUCUGGAUGAUUUACUGAUGUAUGAACUAAAGUGAGUAUUUCCAGAAUCAACGGAAUUUGCAAUUUUGUCUCCGAUAGUAGAAAAAUAUUCAUUGAAAGUCUCAGCUAUUUCAUUAGAACCAGAAAUAAUGUUAUCAUUUUGUCUAAUGCUAGAUAUAGAGGAUUAAUUAUGGCCUCGCCCAAGGAUUCGAUUUAUAGUUUGCCAACUUUCUUUCGGAUUGUGUUUGUAUUUAUAAAGCAAAUUACUAUAAUAUAAUUGCUUAUCCUUUUGUAAAGUGCAUGAAACAACGUUUCUGGCCGUCUUGUAUGCAUUCCAAUCUAAAGUGGAAUUGGAUUUUAUUGCCUUCAAUUUAAGUUUAUCCCUUUCAAACAUUAAUUUUUUAGAAUUUUUAUUCAACCAAGGGAUAUUACUUCGGGUUCUUACUCUUUUCAUCCUAAGAGGGGCAUGCACAUCAAGAACUGCCAGAAACAAAGUUUUCCACAAACACCAUUUAGAGUCUACGUCAUCCUCACUGUCUAAAAGAUCCCAUGGCUGAGAUAAAAGAUCUUCUUGAAAUUUGCUGGGAUUGAAAUGUUUAAAAUUUCUAAUUUCAACAGUCUGAUGGGCUCUUACCCUUUUUUCCAUAUUAAUUUUGCGAACAACAAAUAUUAAGUUGUGAUCGCUAAUUCCGAUUGGAAAUACAUCCGAAUAUAUAAUUUUCUCAGGGAGUGAGGAGAUACAGACAUCCAAUAAGGAGCUUGUGGUUUGAGUUACACGAGUAGGUUUAACGAUUAAUUGGGAAAGUUGAUAGACAUUCAAAAAAUCAUUUAGUUUUUUGGAUGCCGAAUUCAACGAAUCUAACAUAUUGCAGUUUAAAUCACCAACCACAAUAAUUUCUUUACCUUCACUAUCAAGUUUAUCAAUAAAGGAUUCUAUCAUAGAAAAAUACUGAGAGCUUGCACUAGGAGAUCUAUAUAUACUAGCAACAAUGAAUGGUUGACUGUUUGGUUUGUAAAUUUCAACACAGACUGCUUCAAGAGUAGCAGGGAUUGAAUCAUUUCGAUUAAGAUAGUUUAAAUUACUUCUAAUAUAUAGGCAAACACCACCACCUUGCAUAGAAAACAUUAAAAUGCUUUUGAUUAAGACCUAGUUACAUCAUUUAAGGAUAUUUUAAAUUACUUUAAUGCUUUGAUGGUCUGCGAGAGUUUUAACACAAUAUUUCAUAUUUCUCGCAAAAUUUACAGCAACAUUUUAAUACGCCCUCUUCGCCACGAACAGAAAAUAAACAAAUUAACUCUAUCUGAUAUUUGUUGGGAUCGUAAAUCAAAACCGUAACCGUACCAUUGUAUAAAAUGAAUGUAAUCAAGAAUGGUUUCGUCUAAUAGCUAAACAUGCAUGGACUGAGUCCGCGUUUUGCAAAUCUCAGUUCGCGAUUUUCCGGUCCAGUCCAGUCCAUGCAGUCCGUGUUUUACAAAUUCAGUCCUGGAUUUGUAAAACACGGACUCAGUCCGCGUUUUGCCGGUCCAGUCCAGUCUGUGUUUUACAACAUGCCCAAUAAACAAUUGUUAAAUCUACAAUUGCUAAAUCUACAAUUGUUAUAAAUAUACAAUAUACAAUUGUGAAAUCUACAAUUGUUGAAUAUGCAAUAUACUACAAUUGGUAACCAUACAAUUGUUAAAUAUACAUGUUAAAUAUACAAUUUUUAAAUAUACAAUAUACAAUAUACAAUAUACAAUAUACAAACUAUACAAACUAUACAAACUAUACAAACUAUUAAUACAAUAUAGGCUACAAAUUAUACAAUCUACAAUAUACAAACAGCAUACAGUAAACAAUAUAUGUACAAACUAUAACAACAUACAACAUACAGCUAUUUCAAUUAAGGUUGUUCCCCGAGCAAAGCGGAAAAGUUGAAUACGAGCGCGAAAGGCUGCUGGGAAUCGCUAAUAAAUUGAUUCAUGCAUACAGUAUGCAUACAGUAUGCAGUGUCAAUGUUGACAUACAUAUUCAUUUUGUCUAUAGGGAAAUUGAAAGGACAAUUGUCCUAGAACCGUACGUGAAUAACAAGGAAGAUACUUAUCUCACGCUGGGAGUUCUGGCUGCAAUUUUGGAUAGACUUUCAGAAUCUGGUAGAGUAUUCAUUUUAGGCGGUAUACAUUCGAUAAACCUUGAAGAUGGCAGUUAUAUGUGAUGGUUGAACUAUAAAACCACACCGGUGUUUUUUAGUUUUUUUAUAAAGUUUUAAUAACAAUAUGUGCAUUUGAUCAAUUUAAUUUAUUUGCAUUGUGCAUGUUUGAUAUAGACGUUAUACAGGCUAUAUGAAAAACUAUUAACACCUUAUAAAACUAUUUAGGUCUCACACUACAUAUUUUAAAGCUUGCCCUUUUUCUCUUUAAAAUAAAGAUGAUAUAUGUACCAUUGGAACAAAAAAUUCCAGAACUCUCCCUAGCUGCCUUUUGAGAUGCCGUUUAAAAUAAUGCAAUUUUGCUGUUAUUUCAUAGUCACGUUUUCAUAGUAAGGGAAAUAUGGAAAGCAUAUAUAGUGCAUGGGUAGAAAUGUUUUGAUGAACCAUUUCCAAAAUGCUUCGAUCUUCUAGUUUAGUGCCAACCUAUUCACAUUUUUAAAAAUUUCGAUUUGUUAUUGUAUCUCAAAAUUUUAAUUCUUCUUUCUCAGUUGGUUGAAAUAAUAUUUUCCGUGAACCAAUCAUUCAAAUAUAAAAAGCAACCCAUCAUUGGAAAGCUGAAUGGCUAGAUUUUAAAUUGAAUGCAAACAUCAACAUUUUACUCCAAUCAUUUCCAAGAUUUACUUUCAAUCCAGGAUUCGACCGUUUUUUAUACACUCUGGUUAUAAUGUACGUUGUAUGUAAAAUUAACAAGCAUACAAUAUUUUUCAAAACAAACAGAACAAAAGGGUCUUUACUAAAGGAGCUAGAAUAUUCUAGCUCCUUUAGUAAAGACUCUUUUGUUGUUAAAAUUAUAUGCCGACUUUCAUACUUUCUGUCAGUGGAGGAACACAAUCUAUUGGUUAUGAAUUUUCGUAUUUUGUUAUACUUCAAUUGCUUUCAAUGACGACCAUUUUCUUUAUUUCCAUAGAAUCGGAGUAUAUUCGACGGAAGAUACCACCAGUAUUAAAAGAAGGUGAACCUAACUUAUUACUUGUUCCAAAAGG